AUGAAUAUAAUUAUUAUUAUUUCUAUUGGCUUACUCAUUUCAAUAAUAUUUAUUCUGAACACAGUAGGGGUACUUACACCCCAAUGGAUAGUAUUUUCAAAAGAAAUGACUUUUGGAGUUUUAAAUGGCUCAAGCUCAAUUGGAAUUGUUCCAUAUAGAACUGAUUUUGUAAGUCAAUUUCCUUGGUAUGGAGUUGCAAGUGUACUUAUGUUUAUAUCAAUUGGAUUUUUAAUAAUUAUUUUCCCAGUUUAUGGUAUUGUUAGUGUCAAAAUCUACAAAAGUGGUUUUCCAAUAUCACUACAAAAAUGGAUUAAUAUAAUUGCAGCAAUUUCACUGUUAAUUUUUUGUUUUAUUUUUAUAUCCGUUAUUUUAAUAGGAUCGGAUCUUCAAAUGAUGAAUCAAUUGCUGACUCCAACUUCAUUUCGUCUUGGUUAUUCUGCAUGGCUUUCUGUUUCUUCAGCUGUUUUACUAAUUCCUGUGAUGAUCCCUUCUUUCUACUUUUCAUAUAAAAAGAUUCGGCAUUUUCAAAAAUUUAAUAACGAUUUGUAA